AUGGAAACAAGAAAUGAGACAAAAGCUUCACCGGAAAACAACCUCAGAAGCAGAGCAGCUGUUGGGAACAACAGCAAGAAAGACAUGAUUUUUCGAGCAGAUAAGAUCGAUCUGAAGAAUCUAGACAUCCAGCUGGAGAAACAUCUGAGUAGGGUUUGGUCAAGAAGCAUCGAGAAGAAUCCAAAACCUAAAGAAGAGUGGGAAAUCGAAUUGGCUAAAUUGGAGAUGAGGAACGUCAUUGCUCGUGGUGCUUAUGGUAUUGUCUACAAAGGCAUCUAUGAUGGUCAAGAUGUUGCAGUGAAAGUUCUUGAUUGGGGAGAGGAUGGUUACGCAACGGCUGCUGAGACUUCUGCUCUCCGUGCUUCGUUUCGACAAGAAGUCGCUGUUUGGCACAAACUUGACCAUCCUAAUGUCACAAAGGUGUUUGUUGGAGCAUCAAUGGGAACGACGAAUCUGAAGAUACCUUCAUCAGCUGAGACGCAGAACUCUCUGCCUCAACGAGCUUGUUGUGUUGUUGUGGAGUAUCUUCCUGGAGGAACCCUUAAGCAGUAUUUGUUCCGUAACAGGAGAAAGAAACUCGCUUUUAAAGUCGUGGUUCAACUCGCUCUUGAUCUCUCCAGAGGGCUAAGUUAUUUGCAUUCAGAGAGAAUCGUUCAUCGCGAUGUGAAAACAGAGAACAUGCUUUUGGAUUAUCAGAGGAAUCUAAAGAUUGCUGAUUUUGGGGUGGCUAGAGUUGAAGCACAGAAUCCAAAGGACAUGACUGGAGAAACUGGUACUCUUGGAUACAUGGCUCCAGAGGUUCUUGAUGGUAAGCCAUACAAUAGAAGAUGUGAUGUUUAUAGCUUUGGGAUAUGCUUGUGGGAGAUAUAUUGUUGUGAUAUGCCUUACCCUGAUCUCAGCUUUGCUGAUGUUUCUUCUGCUGUUGUUCGUCAGAAUCUGAGACCGGAGAUUCCGAGAUGUUGUCCGACAUCAUUAUCGAGCAUAAUGAAGAAAUGUUGGGAAGCAAAUCCAGAGAAAAGACCUGAGAUGGAGGAAGUUGUGAAGAUGCUUGAAGGAGUCGACACCUCUAAAGGCGGCGGAAUGAUCCCGGAAGAUCAGAGAUCUGGCUGCUUCUGCUUUGUCUCCGGUCGUGGUCCAUAA